AUGGAAAGAACUAACAACACUCAAUUGACAGAGUUCAUCCUGACAGGGAUUCCUUACCCACCCAAAUUAAGGACAUUCCUCUUUUUAUUCUUCCUUGUCAUCUACACUUUGACACAAAUGGGCAAUCUACUCAUCUUACUCACAGUCUGUAUUGACUCCCAACUCCAUGCCCGCCCUAUGUAUAUUUUCCUUGGUGUCCUGUCCAUCAUUGACAUGGGAAUCUCCUCCAUCAUUGUUCCACGGCUCAUAAUGAACUUCACUGCUGGGAUUAAGCCUAUCUCAUUUGGUGGGUGUGUAGCUCAGCUCUAUUUCUAUCACUUCCUGGGCAGCACCCAAUGCUUCCUUUAUACUCUAAUGGCCUAUGAUAGAUACUUGGCCAUAUGUCGACCCCUGCAUUAUCCUAUACUAAUGACCUUGAAGAUCUGUUUCUUGAUGGUAACUGGAGCAUGGAUAGCUGGCUCUAUCCAUGGUGCUAUCCAAGCCAUACUCACAUUCCGCUUACCAUACUGUGGUCCUAACCAAGUGGAUUAUUUUUUCUGUGACAUCCCUGCAGUUCUAAGGCUGGCCUGUGCUGACACAACCAUCAAUGAGUUAGUGACUUUUGUGGAUAUUGGAGUGGUAGUUGCCAGUUGCUUCUCUCUAAUCCUGCUCUCCUACAUACACAUAAUCCGAGCCAUUUUAAAUAUCCGCACAGCUGAUGGAAGACGUCGUGCAUUUUCCACCUGUGGAGCCCAUGUGACUGUGGUCACAAUUUACUAUGUGCCCUGUGCUUUUAUCUACCUGAGACCAGAAGCCAAUAGCCCCCUAGAUGGAGCAGCUGCUCUGUUCCCCACAGCUAUCACUCCAUUCCUUAAUCCCCUGAUCUAUACUCUAAGAAAUCAGGAGGUAAAGUUAGCCCUGAAGCGAAUGAUAGGAGACCGCAAGGGUAUGAGUAAGAACUAA